UUUCUUGCUCAUACAUGUAAUCAUAAUCGUGCUGAUAUAAAGGGGACAAGCCACGACAUCGCCAAAAGGCAAACUGAGGAGCAACCAUGGACAAAGUUGUUCUCUUCCUGUCGCUCGUGACGCUGGCCGGCGUCUCCUCUCAGCCAAUCGCAGACAACCAGCGAGUCUUCUCCAUCGCAGUCAGUCGAGUGCAACACCUCCACCUGCUAGCCCAGGCACUCUUUUUAGACUUUGAGGGCUCCCUCCAAAUGGAAGAUCAGCGUCAGCUCAACAAAAUCUUCCUGCAGGAUUUCUGCAACUCGGAUUACAUCAUCAGCCCCCUUGAUAAGCACGAAACGCAACGAAGCUCGGUUCUGAAGCUGUUGUCCAUCUCCUAUCGACUGGUGGAGUCGUGGGAAUUUCCCAGCCAUUCCCUCUCUGGCGGCUCUUCUCCAAGAAAUCAGGUUCCUUCAAAACUGUCUGAGCUGAAAAUGGGAAUCCUCCUGCUGAUCAGGCUACUCGCUCAGGCCAAUCAAGAUGGAGCUGAGAUGUUCUCCGACAGCUCCCCCCUCCAACUGGCGCCGUAUGGCAACUAUUACCAAAGCGUGGCGGAUGACGAGUCCUUGAAACGAACGUAUGAACUGCUGGCGUGCUUCAAGAAGGACAUGCACAAGGUGGAGACUUACCUGACGGUCGCCAAAUGUCGACUCUCACCAGAGGCCAACUGUACUCUGUAGAACCGCCCUCGUUCAGCUCGCCUCUUGUUGGCUCAUCUUGUCUUAUUUGACACGGAAGUCAAAUCCUAUCAUGAAAUAAAAGUGUUUGCGCUCA